AUGAGUAUAAGAAAUGAUAAUGCUUCCGGUGGCUAUAUGCAGCCGGAUCAGUCUUCAAACACUUCUAUGCACAAAAGAGAUUUGAGGGUUGAGGAGGAAAUAAAGCCAUUGGAUGAUAUGGAUGGGAAGGCAGCUGUGGCAGCAGAUGGUGAAGUACAUUUAAGGAAGUCAUUCUCGUUGUGGUCAAUCCUUGGUGUUGGGUUUGGUUUGACUAAUUCCUGGUUCGGUAUUUCUACAUCGAUGGUUGCGGGUAUAUCUUCCGGUGGGCCUAUGAUGAUUGUUUACGGUAUAAUUAUUGUUGCACUGAUAUCUAUUUGCAUUGGUACUUCGUUAGGUGAGCUAUCGUCCGCAUAUCCACACGCCGGUGGUCAGUUUUGGUGGUCUUUAAAGCUUGCCCCUCCUAAGUACAAAAGAUUUGCGGCCUACAUGUGCGGUUCUUUUGCCUAUGCAGGGUCCGUUUUCACAAGUGCUUCAACCACUUUGUCUGUUGCGACUGAAGUCGUUGGUAUGUAUGCUUUGGCACACCCUGAAUUCAUCCCAAAGAGAUGGCACAUAUUCGUUUGCUUUGAAUUGUUGCAUUUGUUCUUAAUGUUUUUUAACUGCUAUGGUAAAUCCUUACCCAUCAUUUCUUCCUCCUCUCUAUACAUAUCCCUUUUGUCCUUUUUCACAAUCACAAUAACCGUAUUGGCAUGUUCCCACGGCAAGUUUAAUGAUGCAAAGUUUGUUUUUGCAACAUUUUAUAAUGAAACUGGUUGGAAGAAUGGUGGUAUUGCCUUUAUUGUCGGUUUGAUUAACCCAGCUUGGUCCUUUUCGUGUCUUGACUGUGCAACUCAUAUGGCGUUUGAGGUCGAAAAACCAGAAAGAGUUAUUCCCAUUGCCAUCAUGGGAACCGUCGCCAUCGGUUUUGUCACUUCUUUUUGUUAUGUUAUCUCUAUGUUCUUCUCUAUCAAAGAUCUCGACGCCGUCGUGUCGUCUACGACAGGUGCCCCAAUCUUGGACAUUUAUAACCAAGCAUUGGGUAAUAAAUCAGGCGCGAUUUUCCUUGGUUGCUUGAUUCUUUUUACUUCCUUCGGUUGUGUCAUUGCUUGUCACACUUGGCAAGCAAGGUUAUGUUGGUCGUUUGCCAGGGACGAUGGUCUACCAUUAUCCCGUUUAUGGUCGCAAGUUAACCCCUACACUGGUGUACCUUUGAAUGCACAUUUAAUGUCAUGCGCUUGGAUAUCGCUCAUUGGUCUACUUUAUUUGGCUUCUAGUACAGCUUUCCAGUCCUUAAUUACGGGUUGUAUUGCAUUUUUAUUGUUAUCUUACAUCAUUCCGGUUAUAUGUUUACUUGGUAAGAAGCGUAACAUAGCACAUGGACCUUUCUGGCUUGGAAAAUUUGGAUUUUUUUCAAAUAUAGUUCUUUUAUGUUGGACCGUCUUUUCUGUGGUGUUUUUUUCUUUUCCACCGGUUUUACCUGUGACAAAGGAUAACAUGAACUAUGUUUGUGUGGUUAUUGUUGGUUAUACUGCUUAUUCGAUUCUUUACUGGAAAUUUAAGGGUAAGAAUGAAUUCCACGCUUUGGAAGAAUCUGAGAACGAUCAAGCUGAAUAUGCCAAUAAUUUUGAUAGCAUUGAGGAUAGUCGAGAAUUUUCUCUUGCCGCAUCUGAUGUUGAACUAGAAAAUGAACACGUACCGUGGGGAAAGAAGUAA